UGAAGAAGUCUUCUUACUCUCAAGCCGAGUUACUGUCACUUCUCUCAGCUGUACAUUUCCAUCUCCAUCCCCUGAAGAACAACGACAGAGAGUAAGUCUAGCACAAUGGGAUCCGAAGCACGUAUUCAAAGCAUACUGGUCACUGGUGGCGCUGGUUUCAUCGGAACUCACACAGUCCUCCAGCUCCUCAAAGAAGGAUUCAGGGUUUCCAUUAUCGACAACCUCGACAACUCCGUGGAAGAGGCUGUAGACCGCGUGAGAGAUAUCGCCGGUCCCGAUCUGUCACGCAAUCUUCGAUUUUAUCUGGGCGAUCUACGGAACAAUGAGGAUUUGGAGAAGGUGUUUUCCGAGACAAGGUUUGAUGCUGUUAUCCACUUCGCUGGACUGAAGGCUGUUGGGGAGAGUGUUGCUAAACCUCUUUUAUAUUACACAAAUAAUUUGAUCGGGACAUUGAAUUUAUUUGAAUUUAUGACAAAAUAUGGAUGUAAGAAGAUGGUCUUCUCCUCCUCUACCAUAGUUUACGGUCAACCUGAACAAAGUCCAUGUGCUGAAGAUGUUGAGCUGAAGGCAAUGAACCCUUAUGGCCGGACCAAGCUCUUUCUUGAAGAAAUUGCUCGUGACAUUCAAAAGGCUGAUCCAGAAUGGAGAAUUAUACUGUUGAGAUACUUCAACCCUGUUAGUGCUCAUGAAAGUGGCCAGAUUGGUGAAGAUCCUAAGGGCAUUCCUAAUAAUCUUAUGCCUUUUAUUCAACGUGUUGCUGUGGGUAGAUUGCCUGUGCUGAAUGUGUAUGGCAAUGAUUACCCAACAAGGGAUGGGACAGCAAUUCGUGACUACAUUCAUGUCAUGGACUUGGCUGAUGGCCACAUAGCGGCUCUACAGAAACUUUUCCAUACCGUUGACAUUGGUUGUGUUGCCUACAAUUUAGGAACUGGUCGUGGCACAUCUGUCCUCGAGAUCAUUGCGGCUUUUGAGAAAGCCUCCGGAAAGAAAAUUCCUAUCAAGUUUUGUCCAAGGAGGCCUGGUGAUGCAACCGAAGUCUAUGCUUUGACAGAGAAGGCUGAGAAGGAGCUUGGUUGGAGAGCAAAAUAUGGCAUAGAAGAAAUGUGCAGAGACCAAUGGAACUGGGCAAGCAAAAACCCAAAUGGUUAUAAAUCCCAAGGUACUUAAAAUAUUACUUUGAAGAGUCCACACGAUCAGAGAGGAACUAGUCAAUGAUUUUGUAUAUUAGGCCUUCAGUAUCUAAAACUAAGCUUUUAUUUAGCUUUUAAAUUCAGUAAGAAUCUCUAGUGUAGAUAAAUUGUAAUGCAUCUUCCCUCACCUUUGCAAAAAAAUAAGAUGUUUUUUUAUAAUAAUGGCUUCUUUAGUUGUAUGA